GGUAUUUCUGACCUGUUUUAGGCUUACAAUGUACCAGUGCUGGGAUUUCGGGAAUAAUUUGUGGAUAACUUUCACAAGUACUUUGGUAUUUCUGACCUGUUUUAGUUUACUCUUGUAAGUAAUAAAAAUUCGAAUUUAAAAUAUUGACCAACAAAACGGGACAGGUUUGGACCGGAAGUGGAGGUGAUAUUGAAAGCGGGUAUUCAUAAAGUUUUAUCGCAUUUGUGCAAAUUGUGGAGUUCAGUUUUGAUAGGAGGGCGGUCCUGUGAUGUAUGUUUCUUAUGAUGUGUUAAAGCCUUGAAUGGGCGUCCUCAGUUCCCUCGCUUUUCUUUCACUGGUGUCCGACAUUGUUCUUAAAUCAGGCGUAAAAUAAACAUCUACCACGAAGAGAAUGGGGGUUUGGAGAGUAUCAAAGGAAGGGGCGCAACCUAAGAGAGGCUUAUCGCUAUCAUUAAAGCGCUGUGGAUUAGUUGUCCCUCUUUCGGACUUUGGAUUGUUCCCUCCUUGAGAGUGUGUGUGUGUGUGUGAAUAUGUGUGUGCGGAUGUGUUGCUUGUUUUCAUCUUUCUGGGGAUUGACUGCUAUCUCUAUCGUUAGAGGUCUUUUGCUCUUAAUCUGCGACCGGACGGGCGCGGUCAUUCACCAAACGGACCGUCGGCGUCUCACAGCGAGAGGGUCAUCGUGAUAAUGACGAGAAGGGCCGGAUGGCUUUGAUGAACCCGUCCUUUAUUGUCCUGUUAUUCUGUGUGUACAGACAUCUUGACCCUGCCCCCCCCCUCUCCCCUCUACCUAAACCCAGUGUUUCUACAUUUCUCUUUCUCUUCUUUACCUUUCGCUCACGUGUACCUAACGACUCCUCCCACUUCCGUGGACACAAUAGAGAGCGUAAACAAAUUUGAUUGGCUUACGGGAUUACACAAUCGGCCCACGUGAUCAAGCCGAUGAAAAAUAAUUGGCUAAAACCAUUUUUUAGUUUGUUUUGACUUCCGACUUGGUUUGUGAUUGAGAGGGGGGUGUGGGGCAGAACGCCCCCGGUAGUGAAAAGGCGAGUUAGGGUAAUAAAUGGCAAAGCGCAAACAAUAGAUGUUCAAUCUAUCAAGCUGAAGAGACCCUCUUUCUUGACUCAGUUCAAAUCCUAUCCGUUUGCCGUUGCGAGAGGGAGAGACAGUGGAUACAUCCAGGCCUCAAGAGUUUGAAACUUAAUUGUGACUUUCACCGUUGAAGUGGUCAGCUGUGUGUUUUCUUCCUGAAGGAUUUCUCACCCUCAGGGCGAUAUGGUGUAGAGUUUUAUUGCCCUACUUGACCGCGAUGACGCAAGGCGAUUUCAGGUGGUCGAGCUAUUAAGCUGUAAACUUUUAACAGUGUGGGAUAUUUAUGAUUCUAAAGUGCCACGCUAAAGGGACUAUAAUGAGUCACUUCUAAACAAUGGAAAAUGAAUCUCGUCUGCACAGUCCCCUCGAUACUCUGCAUACUUUUGGUACACAUGGCUAGUGCACUUCCGGUCAGCAAAUGUCCGAGCGUGUGCCAGUGCAGCUCAGAGUACUACGUCUACUGCCAGUCCUCUGAUAUCGGCGACGACCAACUGGCGGGAGUCAUCAGGGCGGUGCCGUCCACUGCCGUGCUGCUGGACCUGAGCUUCAAUCGAAUCACCCGCCUCGACCGCGAAGCUUUCCGCACCCUCCCGCAGCUGGAGAUUCUCAACCUCGCCUCCAAUCACAUCAAGGAACUCGUCGAGGGCGUCUUCACUGGCCUCGGCAAACUCGAGGAGCUGAAUCUCCGAGGAAACAAGGUGUCCACCCUUAGCAAUACAUCCUUUUACGGGCUGACAAGCCUGAAAGAGCUUCACCUUUGUGGGAACGACAUAACCACGCUUCCUCCAAGCGUUUUCCAGAACCUCUCGUCCUUAGAAAAGCUGCACCUCCAGCGAAAUGCCAUCAUUGAACUUCUGCCAUGGUCGUUCAUAGGCCUUGGUCGUCUGCAAAGGCUAAAUCUUAGUCGAAAUUUGCUCAAAUCAAUUUCCCGUAAUACUUUCUCGGGCUUAAUAUCCUUGAAGAGGUUAUCUUUAUCGGGAAAUUCCAUAUCGGAAAUUUCCUCUGUUGAUGCUUUUAAAAGUCUGGCCAAUCUUGAAGAGCUUCUUCUACAGGACAAUGAGAUUGAUAAUGUGCUGUUUAUGUUCGGCAAUGACUUCUACUCUUCUUUGAACUUGGUGUCUCUCUCUGGCAACAAGAUCACCUCCAUUCCGUCCCAUGUGUUCCCGAAUAUCCUUAAUUUGAAGCGGAUUGAUCUCAGUUUUAACAGCAUCCGCCAUAUCGGCGGUCAGUCUUUCAGAAAUCUCUAUUUAGAGACACUUCAUCUCCAUGGCAACAACCUGACGGAAGUCAGCAGGGAAAUGUUCGACGGCGCAAGGCGUAUAUCGGAGCUGGACCUUUCGCGCAACAGAAUUGACGACGUCAGCACCGGCGCCUUUGACAGCUUCCGGGAGACGCUGUUGAGUUUGGAUUUACAUUCUAAUCAGUUGACUUCCGUUCAUCCGGGUAUGUUCCGGGGCAUGCGUAGAUUGAGGCUAUGUAACAUGGCGGCGAAUGUGAUUUCCGGUAUUGAACAAGAUUCUUUCAAAGACUUGGAGAAAUUGGAAGAGCUCAACCUGUCUGGGAAUAAAUUCACAACGCUGUCCGCGGAUUCGAUCUCCGGACCCGUGGGAUUAAGAAAACUGUACCUGGUCUGCAAUCCGAUGAGGAAGCUUGUAGGCUUUGUGUUCGAUGAUGUCGCGGACAAGAUAUUUAUAGAGACCAACAGCACCAUGCUGCAGCCGACGUCCGACUCUGUCACAGUGACCUGGCCCUACACGGAGGGGUCGCAGCUGUACUGGACCCUCUCUGUAGCCUGCAUCACAACGGGCUCCUCCUGCUGGGUGCCGGCCUACGACGCCACCCUCCGGCCUUACGUCACGCAGGUGACCAUUCGGGACCUGGCCCCCAAUGCGGACUACUUCGUUUGCGUUAGUCCAGUGUUCUUGUCCACGGAGGUCAACGUCUCCCAGUGCGUGCACGUCCGGACUCAGCAGCCUCCCCCGAGCAAUUUGCACCAAACUACAGCGCCCUAUGAUGGCGUGAGGAACUCUGCCCGUCCCUUGAGGACCUCCUUGUUUCACACAGUUUUCACUCUUUUGUUAUUAGCCGCACCGCUCAGAUGUCUCAAGUGACAAUUUUGUUCUUAAAUUAUUUCUCACGUUGUUGAUUUGUUGAUUUUCUGUUUUUUGUUGAACUUGAAACUUAAUUUAUUUCGUUGCUUGUUGAUGUAUUUUUAUUGCAUCCACUUUCUCUUUGUCUCUGUUCUUGUUUUUAUAUUACCCUUCCCUAUAGCAUAAUGAGCUAUUCCUGAAUGCUUCCCUACCUCCUGGUACAUUUCUUUGAGUGUAAUACCAAAGAUUUUGCUGUUUACCACAAGUCCACACGCACAUUUUCAUCUGUCCACAUUUUUACUGUAAAAAAAAAAACACAUAAUUUUGCGGCUUUGCCAUGUUUCGACAUAUCCAUUGCUGGCAAACCAGAUGGGGGUUUCAUCACUAUUUUCUUUCAUUAUUUUAUGCCUGGGUGGUGUCCACCUGUGACGUCUUCUUAUUUCAAGGUUGUAUCCUCCAGUGACGUCAUUUAAAAAUUUUUUUUUUAUUGUAAAACUAUAAAAAGGGAAAAGGGUCUUUUAGCUGCAUAUUCCAAGAAGCCAUGUGUGUUGGCGGUAGAAACCAGAUAGUUAACUCUCUAUUUGCUUCAUUAUUGUAGCUUAGGUGGUGUCCACCUUUGACAUCUAUAUUAAGGUUGUAUUUCC